UAAAAUGAAUUUUUUAAAUACACAAACAUUAUUAUAAUUUAUAACUGAAUGAACAAGAUGGUUUGAAACAAUGGAAUGGAAACUGUAAUCAUCCCUGUGGGUCUCUACUGCGUCGGGGAGGGCACAUCAGCGUCACGGGAGCGAGCACGUCGAACGAAGCCCCGCCUUCUCCUCAACUUUGUUGACUGCGGCGGAGACGCGCCAGCCCAGAUCACUUGCAGCAUCUGUAAAGGACAUGACUAAACGGACAGAGAAUGGAUGCAAACGUCGUGGUACUCGGCACAGACAAUGUUGGAAAAUCUGCACUUAUUGUCCGAUUCCUGACUCGUAGAUUCAUCGGGGAAUAUGGGGAUAUUAAGUCCCUUUACACUCACAAUGUUAUUGUGGAUGGACGAGAGCAAACUUUGAAUAUAUGGGAUGCGCCAUAUUCACAGGACCCGUCUUCCAAGUCCUUGAUGUACGAAAAGAGAGUCCAGUGGGCAGAUGGCUUUGUGCUGGUCUACAGCAUCUGUGACCGAGCCAGUUUCAACGCGGUCUCCAGACUCAUUCAAAUGAUCAAAACCAAUAAGGACAUUCUGGGCUUUGAGAAGAUGCCCAUAGUUAUUGUGGGAAACAAGAGGGACCUGCACCACCGUCGUACGGUCCUCAGUGAAGAGGGCAGGCUGCUUGCGCUCUCUGCAGACUGUCAGUUUUAUGAGGUCUCAGCUGCUGAGAACUACCACAGUGUCCUCAUGGUUUUCCAUGGGCUGGUGGAUCGCAUCAGGGAGUCCAGGGUGUCUGUGAAAAAGUUAGCAGGCAUCAAGGGCAUGGUGAAGAGCAUGUCUGCAGUGUUCACCCGCAGGCGAACAGAUUCGCUGUGAAGCUAAUGGGAGCUCUGGAAAUAAAGCUUAUGUGAUCUGAUAUGACCUAUUUUAGAUCCAUUGAGAGAGACGAGCCAUUGCUGUGGCUUGCAUGAGAGUCUGGGAUCUCUCAUGUGACUACAGCUGGAUCUUCCAUGUGGGCAACUAAGAGAUUGCCCUAGUUUGUCUGCUAAGGCGAUGGCUUCCAUUGAGAACAUGUUGACAUCGGAGAGUUCUCAAUAAAAUGCUUAAGAUGCUAUGUGGCAGCAGAUUAUACCAAUCAUAAGUGGAAUGAAUAUUCCAUUGUUUGAGGAUAAAUAUAUAAUUUAACCUCCUUUGCUUGCUUUAAAAGGAAAAGUUCAGCCA